UUGUUAGAGAUUAGAGGGAGUCGUCCUGGGAGAGUUGCGUCUCGCCUCGGAGUGGGGCGUGUGUCACCGGAAGUGCGUGCCAGCUGUGGUAUUCAGAGCCAGUUGCCGUUUCACAUUCGUCGUCGACUCUGCGAAGUACUUUGCGUUAAGAUGUCUUUAGCCAGAAGACUUAUCGGUGGCUUCCUGGAUAUUGUGAGCAACAUCGAUCCAGCUCAGUUUGUUCCCUCUGAACCUCCCCCACCACGCAGGCCGUUGGCGUACGCAGAGCACAAUGAGUCCGAAGAGGAUGCCAAGUUCCGCAGAGUCUUCAAGCAGCUCGCUGGAGAGGACAUGGAGGUGAGCCCCAAGGAACUGAUGGACAUCCUGAACAAGAUCAUCUCUAAACAUGCCGCCCUGAAGACAGAUGGCUUCAGCAUUGAGUCCUGCCGGAGCAUGGUGGCCGUCAUGGAUAGCGACAGCACCGGAAAACUUGGAUUCCAUGAGUUCAAAUACCUCUGGAAUAACAUCAAGAAAUGGCAGGGAGUGUACCUGAACUUUGACCAGGAUGGCUCUGGGGUCAUCAGUGGAGAGGAGCUCCCCGGAGCUUUCACCGCCGCAGGGUUCCCCCUCAACGAUCAGUUGUGUCAGAUGAUAGUCCGCAGAUACAGUGAUGAAAGCGGAAACCUGGACUUUGAUAACUACAUUGGAUGCCUCGUCAGGCUGGAUGCCAUGUGUCGUGCCUUCAAAACCCUGGAUAAAGAUAACAAUGGGACCAUCAAGGUCAACGUUAAAGAGUGGCUCCAGUUGACCAUGUACUCUUGAAUGGGGAGAAUUUUGCAAUGGCCUACGACGGGGAACAACUUUAUAUAUGCCGCGAUGCCGUAUAGAUUUGACCUUUGCAGCGAUUAACUGUUUAUGAACCAAUAUGUGUGCAGGUUUUAUUUUAAUGUGGAAAACAUAUAGAUAAAUAUCUUAGAAUAUUUUUUAUACACGUCGUACUGCUCUGGUUUUUGGGAGAAAAAAUAUAGGUGUCAGCAAUCAUUUAAGAAAACCUAGAAUUCGCACCAACCUUGUCUAUUCAAAAAACAAAACCAAAAAGGGUGCCUUCAGUGUAAACCUGCACCCAUAAUGGUAUCAGAAACGGACAAAAUGAUUCCCCCCCUCAAUCAUAUAGCAUGGAUAUCUGGUCUGCCAUGCAUGAUUGGGGCUUUAUUUGAUAGUUUAUUGCAUCGCAGUUUUUUUUUUCAUAUAUUCCGAGGUGGUGUGUAUUUUUCUAGGGAAUAAAGAGGGUUAGCCAUACUAACACGUUUGCACUGACACAAGGAAGAGCCCCACUGAUAAUGAAACACAAUAAAUGGCAACCAGAACGCUUUUGCAAAA